CCCCCUUCGGUUUCCUUCGCGGUCUUCGUCAACAUAUGUUGGAUUUAUCCUGCUUUAUACUAUGCUCCUAUGUGUUUCCCUAUUCCGAUGCUUCAGCUUCACCAACCCUCCGAUUCUCGUCAGCAAAACCCUAAAUCCGCUCUUAUCCCCUUAUCCGCAGGCUCUUUCUUGGUUGGACUCGAUUGGAACUCUUGCUUGCUUGGGCUUGAUGAAGAAAAAGAAUCAUGCAGUGGCGUCCGUAACUAUGAAGAAGAUCAUUAGGUUUGCCUUGAAGAAUCAGUAGCUGCAUUUGUAGGUCGGUGGUUGUUUUAUUGUGUUUUGGUUAUCAGCUGAAAAAAGGCGGAUUUUUGGUGGCGAAUUUGAUAUCUUUGGAAUUGUUUUGGUGGCGGGAAGAUGGCCUUUCUGAAGUAAACCAAGUGUUCUCGCACAGAUGCCAGCAAAUAUAUGGAUAUUUGGGCUGUGAAUACUCCAUGUUACUGAGACGAUGGAUGUUUUGGUAUAGGCACUUCAUAUUUGAUCAGAAAGGAAGAUGGUUUUUCCGUUUCUUUUUUGAAGCGGACGAAGUGUUCUCUUAUAGUUACAGAUGCUAGCAAACAGAUAGAUAUUAGGCUGUGGAUACUCAAUAUUAAUGAGAUGAUGGAUAUUUUGACACGCACACUUUAUACUUGACUAGAAAGCUGGAAUUGGGGUCAUCAUGGAUAAGAAUAGUUCAAGAGAAAAAGAACUUGUUUUUGAUUUAGAGGGUGGUGAGAAUUCCGUGAUAAGAGAACAGGAAGGAUCAAAAGAUACAUGGUGUAGUGCCGGACAGGACAAUGGAAUGUUGAGUAGGGUGUGGAGUAGCUUCAUCAGUAUUGAUGGGCCGAUAAAAGGAGAAAGAGUAGUAAGGUUGGGGGAUAGUGCAUCUAGCUCUGUGGAGCUUCCUCUCAUAGAUGGGGAAGCCUUGGGGGAUAGGAGUGUUGGACUAGAGGCAAAAAUGGGCCUCUUGGAGAAGAAGGUUGGACUUGAGACAACAAAAAAGAAGGGGUGCAAGAAGCCACCGAAACCACCUCGGCCACCCAACUCUCCGCCUUUGGAUGUGACCAACCAGAAGUUGAUGAAGGAGAUCUCAGAAAUUGCAAUGAUGAAGCGAGCUAGGAUCGAGCGGAUGAAGAAAAAGGUUAAGGAUGCCAAUUCUGCGCGUAUUAACGGCAACUUGUGGGCCUUGAUUAUCACCAUUCUUUUCAUCCUUGUUAUAAUGUGGCAAGGAGUUCUUCCUAGCGGCAGCUCCAGUGGCAGAUCCAAUGGUCACCCCGAAUCCUCCGUAGAAACAAGGGGCGGGUUGAUUUCUAUUCACUUCUACAAGAAUGCAUCAGGAAAUACUCCUAAGGCAUCCACCUCCAUGUCUCCCAACGAUGUCGAACCAGCGUCCGGGUAUGAUGAGCACAACAAAGCAACGAGGAAUAGAUCUGGAAGCUUGAGAGAGCGAAACCAUGCAAAUCCUUCGAUGGGAUGAGCUCGAUCGAUCAUGUGUGCAGAGACCAACAGCUGAAUGUCUUUUGUCACACGGUUAACUGUGCCCGAGCUGUGUCCUUUACGUCACCUACUCACGAAACAUCAAUCGUCAAGUCACCUCAAGCAAUCAAUCCCCUUUGAACUUAAAUGGAGAAGGAAAGCAUAUUACUGAGAAGCGUGCACUCAGAUGUUCUGUUGCUCAUUCAGAUCAUAACUCGAGAUGACAUCACUAGUAAUUGAAAUUGAUACACUUUGCUUGCUUGCAA